CAUAUUACCGAAAAUAUAGUGUCAAAUUAAUUCACCAAAGUUAUGUUCUACUUUUGACAGGAUAAAUUUAAACUUAUUAUACAUUAGGUUUUUUAAUAUGUUAAUCAUUCAUUUAAGGCUGUUAAACAAAAGGCCUUGAUUUGAUUCAGAGCUAUCAUGAGAUUAUUGUGUUUACAAUUGUUGGGAAGAGGUGGCUAGCAUCAGAAAAGCUCUAUUUUCGAAUUAAAGUCGUGGCAAAUCCGCUUCUUUUAUAACACGGUCGAUUGAAGAGGCCCAAAAAGUCAUGGCUGUGCCAGGAGCUGGAGGAUCACGAAGUUAUAACUUUAAAAUCGUCCUGCUCGGAGAAGGCUGUGUAGGGAAAACGAGUCUCGUUUUGAGAUAUGUCGAGGACAAAUUCAAUGACAGACACAUCACUACGUUGCAGGCUUCAUUUCUCACAAAGCGAGUAAACAUUAGCGGCAAAAGAGUGAAUCUGGCUAUAUGGGACACUGCGGGUCAAGAGAGGUUCCAUGCUCUAGGGCCAAUAUACUACCGAGAAUCCCACGGUGCUAUUUUAGUUUACGAUAUAACUGAUGAAGACUCUUUUCAGAAAGUUAAGAAUUGGGUACGGGAGUUACGAAGAAUGUUGGGCAACGAUAUUUGCCUAGUUAUCGCAGGAAAUAAACUCGACCUUCAGAAAGACCGGCAUGUACUCUUAGAAGAAGCAGAGGGAUAUGCGCAGGAGGUAGGGGCCUUUCAUGUCCAAACGUCUGCAAAAGAAAACAAAGGAGUGGAAGAAUUAUUCAUCGAAUUGACUCGAAGGAUGUUAGAAAGUGCAGUUGCUAAUGAUCAGCAAAGGGUAAAUGCUCUUUCUAGGGGCAAUAAUGCUAGUAACCUGCAGAUUGUUGAUGAUCCUGCAGUGCAAACCAAUACAAAAUCAUGUUGUUGACAUAAAAACAUGAUUUGCAAUAUUGAAUAUUUUUCAUAUAUUUUCACCAGUUUCAGGGUGAUUGAAAAAUAUCACAUGUUAAUUCCUCACUCAAAGACUGUAUAGUAAUGAGCUUGGCAAUGUUAAUAUUAAGGUUUAGAUGAGGAAUAUUUUUCAAAUAUUGAACAAACUUUGUAAUGCUCUCCUAAAAGAUAAUUUUUUAGUAUUUGUUGAUAACAAAUUUUAGAGCAAAAAUUGUGUAACAACUGUUUGAUAAUGGUGUAGAAUUUGCAAAUUUGCACAUUUAUAUUUUCAUAAUGAAGAAGAAUAGUCAUAAUAAUGUUUGUUAGUUAAAAUUAAUGGAGAUCUUUAACUUUGUAAAGAAUUUGUAUCGGAUAAGCAUCUGUUCGAAAUAUGCUAUAUAUUAAUGGGAAGUACCGUAGUUAUUGAGUGGUAUUUAGUAUGCCAGAUGCUUUUCAUUAAUUUUUGUGGUUUUAGAAAUGCUAAAUGUUUAGAAAAUGUUGUUCAUAAUAAUGACAGUAAAGGCAAUUUUUUGUUUACCUAUGUUGAUCUUUGGAAAGACAAAAGAGGAACAUAGUGUAGAUGUUUUUUUUUAUAUAUAAUAAUGGUACUGAACAUACAGAGAUUAUUUGUAAAAUACUCCCUAAAAUUUAUUGUUUCUUCACAAUUAGAAACUAUUUCAAUUUUCAAGUGUUUUAACCAGUUAGUAGGUAAUAAAAGAGUCCAGAAUUCUACUAACAUAACUGAUAACUGAUAUGUAGGUAUCAGUGGUGGGUAAUAGAGUAUGGGAAAUGGCCAAAUUAAUUUUCUAAUUUAAAGGCCGUAAUGGGAAGAGAUUUGUUCCAUUGCUAAGAGGCAUAGGCAUGGUUAGGUUUUUCUAAUUGUUAUUAUUGUUAACUUUUCUGUUUCAAAGAGCUGUUUGUAAAUUGCCAGGACUGAUUUUGUAUCAUCAGAUGAGGGUAGGAGAAUGCAUAGGAAGAGGACAAAACCAGGACCAGCAGGAAUAAGAGGGGAUUUCUUCAAAGCAGUUGGAGAACUGGUCAUAUAGAUCUGACCAGAAUAUAUGAAGCGGUUAGGAAGGAAUGUGUCAGGAAAAGUGGGAAGUUAGUAUGUAUGACAGUUUUCAUAUAAAGAGGAAAAGGGUAAGCACUAUAGUGCAAAAAUUAUAGAGGAAUAAGUUUGCUUGAGCAUCUUCUAAAAGUAGGGGAAAGGAUGCAUUGAAUAGGCUUGAAAGAAUGGUUAUAAGUGAUAAUUUUGGCUUUAGUCAGGAAAGUUGUUGUCUUUACGCCAGAGAAAUUAACAAUGAUGGCAGUACUGAUGAGGCAGCUAUUGGGCAAGCACCAUGUAAAGGGGAAGAUGUACCCCAUACCUCUGGAAAUUGAGAAGGCAUUUGACAUAUGGUACCAUCGCAGACAAACAGAAGACCAUUAUGUAAACAGAUGGUACCAGAAAAACCCAUUGAAUAACAGUGUUACUACACUAUAAUGGAAAAUCCAGAAUGAUCCUGACAUGUGUAUCAAAAGAGUUUGAAAAGUUAGUUUGUGUCCUUUAAGUAUCAGCUCUGAGUCCUUUGCUGCUUAUCUUAGUAAUGGAGGAAACUACAAGAGUACAUAAAGGCCUGCCUUUGGGAGCUGCUAUGUGAAGACAACAUAAAUGUUAAUAUCGGAAUUAGUAGAUGUAAAUUGUUUAAAAGAGAAAUGGAAUUGACAGAAAAGGAAAACCGAGUAGUAGGAUCUUGUUUUUAAGUAAAGACAGCCUUAAAAGACAUUGGUUGAUCAUAUCUGAUACUUUUGAGUAUGUAGUGGACAGUUUUGAGCGAGUAGUAAGAAAAAGAGUACCAACGGUCAUUAGGAAAUGAUUAAGGUUGCUAGUUUUGAUAAAGAAAGAGUAUCCGUGUAAUAAACGGAAAAAGUUUGUGGUGUGUGUUUAAGGUCUCUUCUACAUGUCCUCUAGAUGAUUUGACCAUAUGCAAAGAAGUGGGAGGUGAUGUUGAAGAGAUUUAACGACAAAAUACUAAUAUUUAUAGCUGGAAUUUGGGGGAAGAUCAUAUACAUAAAAGUAAGCAAGUUGUAGAGAAAAUAGUCCAAAUAGAUCUCAAAGAGUAGACGAUUGGGUUUGCCUUAAAAGACAGAUAAUUAUAGAAAAAAGGAAAAGAGGGCUCAAGGGAGUGAAGCUGCGCAAGCCACAAGGAACUAGAAAGAACUCAUCACAUCAAACUUUCUAAACAAAAUCUGACAGAAAAUUAUAAUGAUGAUAUUCAUUUCCCACUCUUUUGAUCCUUUCUUUCUUUAAUCAGGUUUCAUUUAUUUUGGUAAGCUUAUGUUUGGCUGGUUUUUAAGCUACCUUUAGCUGGUUGUUUGUUAUUCCUGUUAGGUUUUAUUUUGCUUUUUGUCUCCUGAAGGAAUGUAACUUGUUCAAAUGUUAUAUUUGGUGUCUCCAUCAUGCUAGCACCCUCCAGCUUGUAUUCAUUCCUUUCAUUUAGAAGGUUUUCAAAAUGUUGCCUCCAUUGUUUUAUUAUUCAUCUUCAACCUCCAUUCGCAUAAUUUUGUAUAGACAUACUAUUCACCUUAAUUUUUUAACCACUUUGCUAUCCAGAGUAUUUUCUUCAUCUGUUUGGUAAGUUGAGAUUUUGAUUCUGUUCUUCACAAUUUAUCUUUUUAGCCUUGCUACCCACCUAUAACAUCCCUUGCAUUCUUGUUUACCACUGUAUGGUCUGGCCUGGCUGCCACCUCUCUUGAUUUCCCAACCAUUUCUCUUUGCUGAUUGGGUGUUUUCUUUCCAGCAUGUGUUUGUGCUAUACAAAAGGCCAAGUAUAUUACAUUGUAUUGGUGUUGUGUAGAGAACACUGAUUAUAUUAUUAUAUAGAAUACUUUGGUUACAUGAAUGUUUAAACUUUUAAUGUUUUAUGUAUAAAUUAUUGUCCAUAUAUCUUAAUUGAUAGUAUUUUAUUGUAUGUUGUUUUGGCAUGCUAAGUUUUUUCAGCUGCUUGUAAUACAGGAGAAAAUUAGAACUGAACAUUUUUAAAGAUAUUCUUUGUAUCUAUGACUCAACACACUUUUGUUUCUGAUUUUUCUAUUUUGCACUUUUGAGAAACUUCAGUGAUUUUGAUGUAGUAUUUUGUUCAGGAGAUACAUAAAAGAAUUUUGGUUUCUUUGUAGCACAUUUACAGUGAAAAAUCUGUAAAUAAGGAAGUAGCCAGACAGAUUUGUAGGAUUGCCCAGGAAAUUGCAUAAAAGAAUGUGACAGAAGGUAAUUUGCUGAAAUUACUUUUGAAAACAAUAGUGAUGAUUUUUUUAAUACAGUACCGUAUACCCUGCAUCACAUUUAUGAAGGUGCAAAUUCAACCAUAUAUAGAAAUACAUGCGCAGAAGUAGAAUCAAUAGAAAAGAAAAUAUAUAUAAUUUUAAUGGAGCCUCCAACAUUAAGUUGGAAAUGUCUGCUACAAAAAAAUAUCAUGCAAUACAUGUGGAGAUUGAUGAUGAUAUAACUUGUACUUCUGAUGUAUCAAAGUAUAAAUGUUACUGCAUUAUUGAUAAAUUUGCUUUAAAGCAACCUUUAAAGUACUUUUCAUGAUAUCUAAUAACUUUACAACCUGUAGUCUGUACCCUACUCACUGCCAUCAGUAGCCAUGACCAAAAUGGCUUUGGUCAGUAGAUAGAGGGACCCCGACAACAUCAUCUUGCAAUAUAAUAGAGUUUCUCUAUAGUGCUUUUAAUAACAAGCUAAGAAACAAGCCAUAUUAUAAGUAUGUUUGGCAUUUUAUUUAAGUUUUUGUAUAAGUUUCUAUUUCUGUGUACAGGUGUCAUCUUGACCAUGUACUGCAGUAAAAGAGAAAAGACUAUGAACAAGGUUUCUUGUAUAAGGUUUGAAAACAAGAAAAGACUCAUCAUAGUUAGUCAUAUAGGGAUUCCUUGUAUAGACUAUAAAAUAGUCGUAAAAGUAUGGUAGAGCUAUGCUGGGAUAGCCAAGGCUUGAAUGGUAGGGAUUGCUAUUAUAAAUACUGAUAUGAAUGAAAAAAGGUUGUAUAAAAAUUGAAUAAACGUACAUCAUUAGGAUAAAGAAUUUAAAGUUGAGUGAUCUGCAAUACACGUAAACAUUCUAACACUUAGGUUACCUUAAAUUUCAGAUAAUAUGGAUUUUUGGCUCUGGUCUCUUAUUAAGAAGUGUUGAAGAGCAGAAUCAGACAAAUAUCCAACUUGUCAUCAGAUGAACUCAUAUUUUCUUUGCAAUAAACUAUGCUAUUUGCUUUUUGUUUUUCUGCACUAAUGAGCUCAUCGUGCUAACAAAUAUAUGUUAUUAUUUUAGCAGGCUGGAGAAUAUAUGUGGUAUCAUUUUCACAGGCUGAAGAAAUUAAAGUGCAAAUAUGGAAAUAUUAAAAAUAUGAGUAAAUGUGUGUGCACGAUGGAUGUAUAUGUUUUAAGGUACAACAAUGGUAAAAAGACAAGCACCCUAUAUGCAUUGUGAUUACCCUUAAAUUUUUCUGAAAGGUCACAUUUUUAUCUAACCACAUUUUGAGCGAUGAAAAUAGUAUGAAGGAAUAUUCUCAGAACUACAUUGCUGAGAAUUAAAGUAUUUCAUUGGAUGAGAGAAAAUAUUAACUUCCAGGACCUUAGCCUUCCAUAUCAUGUCUUAGUAUUGGACAGCUAUCAUUAUAGCUUUAAACUUUAUUAAGGUUUUAUUGCAUUUGUACAUAUUAAAUAUUGAUUUUGCAGCCUUUCAUAGUAGUCAGCUUUUACAAUUGCUAUUUGAUUUGUUAUCAUUGUGAGAUUAUCUUGCAUUGUGUAUUUUGCUUUAUAUGUUUAUAGCCAUGUGUACUUUUGCCGUGUUUUGGCCAGUUGCAUGUUAUUGGUUCCAGUUUCCUUUUCAGUAUUUAUCAGACACCAGUAUUUGUAGUUUGUCAUGUUGACAGACUCCAUAUACAAAAACUUUUAUCUGAUUACAAAAUUUUUAUGCAGCAUUUUGAAAAAUAAGUGUGCUACAUAUUUAUGUUGUGUGCAUUGUACAAGACUGUAUCCCUCCAUAUUUGUAAUUUUUGUCAUUUACAAGACCUUUCAAUUUUGAAGACUAGAAAUAGCAUAAGCCUGGAUUAUUUGCAUCCCUAAAGAACCAGGAUUUUUUUUUCUGAUAAUUGUGUGACAUUUAUUUUUUUACAUACAUUGCAUAAUUUUUACAUUUCUAAAUAUCAAAUUAGUUCUCCGAAAUUCAUUUUGUGGCCAGAAUCAUAAAUUGUCACUUGUUUCUGUUAUUUAGAUAAACUACUCUUUUCUUCCCUGAUACAUAUAUGAUUUCUUUUUUGUCUCCUUACAUAGGCCAUAUUGCAAUUUUUGGAAUAGAUAAUGCUGUUUAUCCCCAAGACUCUUAGUGGUUUAUUGUAAUUUUCUGUGAUAGUUUAACCUAGUAAUUUUCUCUCCAUUAAACAAUUUGCAAAACCUGAAAUGCAUAUGCACAUGGUAUUACUGUUUAUUAAUCAGAGUUUCUUUCCAUCUUUUCUCCUAUGGAACAAAAUUGCAGGUAAUUUCAUUUCCACAAUAUUAAGAUGGAAUACUCCUUAGUAUCUUUACCUAAAAUGAAGAUAGAUAAGAAUAUAAAUUCUGUGGUAGAAUUACAUCAAUAUUUUUCCUUAAUACAAGUAAACUAAAUGUUCUCUUAACUCAUUUGUAUAGAACCAUUCAUAAAUUUCACUUGAAAAAAAAAACUAGGAUAUCCUUCCCUUUUACAUUAAUAUUUUUUGUCUUAAAUCAAAUAGACCAAAUAUUCUCGACUCAUUUCUACAGAACCAUUCAUUAUAAGUUUCACUGGGAAAAACACUAGGAUAUCCUUCCCUUUUCAGAAGUGUCAAAGAAACACCCCAGGACAGGUCUCAUAAAUUCUUAUGAAGUAAAGGUAACCACAAAGUCCUACAUACAGUUCUAUGUGCUCCUACUUUGUGGUACUGCUUAGUUGGACAAGGAAAUACACUUCAUACUGUAGCCAUGAUUUAACCCGAAAUACACUUCAUACUGUCGCCAUGAUUUAACCCGAAAUACACUUCAUACUGUCGCCAUGAUUUAACCUAUUAGUUUUAGUUUCUGGACAAUUUAAAAAAUCAAGAGCCAUAUGCCAGUACUACUACAUAAAACGAUGGUUUUAAUGGUGGUAUUUUAAUAUUAAAAUUUCUAUAAAUUUCCUGCUAAUGAAAAAUUAUCCCACCCAAGAUACUCUCUCUCUCUAUGUUAAGUAUGGAUAGAUUUAAAAACCAACGCACCAAAGAAUAUGCCACGAAAGGUGACAUAUUGUUGCCUUGAUUCAAAGAAAAGGAAUUCAGCAUUACAAAAUUCCCUUAAUUGCAAAAUGGUCAGGGUGCUGUAUUCAGGCUGUUUGUAAUUUGCUGGCAAAGGUCUUGUUACAGAUUUGUAUUUUCAAUAUGCCCUUAAUUUUUAUUCCUAGUUAUCACUUGUAGCAUUUCAUAUUGAUCAGGUUUAUUCUUACUAUUCUAACUUAUAUGCAUAAUCUGACAGCUCCUGCGGGUAUAUUUAAAAAAUAAACAUUUUAAUUUAGUGUUCUUUGAUCAUCAUGGUAUUACUGAACACUGGUUCAGAAUUUUGCAAGAUUUCUUUACUUGCAAGAACUGGUAAAAUAUUUGAAGAUUUUGAGGGACUUUGGUAUAUUCUAUAGUUGUUAAUUGAAUGUUCAGUUCUCAACUGUGUAAAAAUUAUUGUUUUAUUAAAGAUGAAUGCUUUGUUCACACAGUUCAGUUCUGAAAUGUUGGAAAAUUUUUCCAUCUUAUAUGAGUGGUGUUUUUCCUGUGAAAGAAUAUGUGUAAUCUCAGACUUGUGUGAUAAAACUGACUUUUGUGUGAUUUAGUUUUUGGACAGUAUAAUCUCAGUGCUGAACUGUACCUAAAAGUUAUCCUUAGGCCUGUUUACUUAUGCAGGGACUGAACUGAUCUACAAUUAGAAUGAUUUUCCAAUUAUGGCCUUAUUUUAUAGAAAUGAAUUGCAUCACAGGAAAAAUGUAUUUAGCUAUCAUAUACUAUAUCUCUUUCUCAUGUUUUGACUUUCAAUUACUACUUGAAAUUUUAUAUUUGCUGAGAUAAUCUUUAUAUUAGAGGUGCAUGGGAGUAUUACAUACGUACUUGUAAAUUGUAUUUUAUGGAAAAUGUGAUACAUUACUUUUGAUAUCUUGUAUAAAUGUGCAUGUUAUACAUUGCUGUAUAUAUAUAUUUAUACUAUAUAUUUUGAAUAAUAUACCUAGCAAGACCAUACACCACACUGUAGUAGUUGUAUAUUAUUAGUUUUCCUAGUCAUUAUAUUUAGUUCUGUAAUGACUUUCUCAGAUUUAUAAUAAAUAUAUCUUCAAUAUAGUUGUUCUGUAGGGUGAUUAAAUGAGUUAUGCAAAAUGUCAUGUAAGCAAUUUUGAUAAUUUUGUCAAUAAACCAAAAAAUUACA